AUGGCCACCACCAUACUUUUCCCGAGUAUUGAGGAUAAAUUGCUCGGGGUUAGUAUCUGGAUCUUUGUAGGCACUGGAGGAGGUGUUGUUCUGGUGCUGAUGGUGGUCGUCGUUGUUUGCUGUGUUCGGAGCAAAAAGAAAAGGAGCAUGGAACUAGAAGAUGAGGAGGAGCUGCGUUUGGGCUGGACCAACAACGAACAGCCGAACCAUCACCACCAUCUUCCUCCUCUUCCCGAUAAUCAUCCCAACCGUCAUCAUCCUCACCCCCAACACCGCCACCACGAGCAGCAGCAGGCCGGCCACUGCGGCCCCCGACAGAGUCGCUCCAAACAGCACCAGCGCCCCAGGGCCCCGGAGCCCUCCGAGGGCCAGCCUCAGCCUCAGCCCAGACGAGGAGCUCAGGCGCCUCCACCGGCUGACAACGACGAAGACCAUCCUCCUCCUCUCCCUCAGCCCAGAAAGAAGGCUCCCAGAGGACACGUUGGAUAA